AUGGCUACAGAACUUCACAAGGGAAAGAACUUCGCUAAUUUGUACGCAACCUACAGGCCGAGUUAUCCCCAGGAAAUCUACGAUCAAAUCAUGGCCUACCAUCUGGAAAAUUCACUCAACGGGAGACAACUCGCUGUUAAUGUUGGCUGUGGGACUGGUAUCAGUACAUUGCCCUUAGUGAAUUACUUCGAUAAAGUGAUAGGGACAGAUAUCAGCGAGGACAUGAUGGCGCAUGUCCCCAAGGACAUCCCAAAACUCGAAUGUCAUGUGUCAUUUGCAGAGGACCUCGAGUUUUUGGAGGAUCGGUCUGUGGAUCUUGUAACCAUAGCAACAGCCUUACACUGGGUUGAUGAAAAACGGUUUUUUAGUGAAGUGAGACGAAUUCUGAAGCCCGGUGGGACCUUAGCAGUUUAUGGACUUGGUAGCGAGGCCUUAGAGAACAACAAAGCCCAGUCUUACAUUUUACAGAUGCUAAAUCUGAAAAUUGUCUCGGAGUUCCAGAAGUUUGAGAUGUCGGAGAUUCCUUUCAAGAAUGUGAGAAGGUUGGUGACCAAGUAG